AUGUUGUUAGAAGAUGCAGUGACUGUCUUGUCUAUCUCGGUCCUUUACUACCAGUAUUUUGAUCAUACCAAUGUGUACUACCUCGAUUCUCGUUUGCAGUCGAUUACCGGCUUAUAUUAUUUAAUGGCUUUCCUAACACCGAUUUCUAUUAUUCUGGCUCCAAAAGCUGAAUAUUUACAGAAAAGGUUAAAAGUUUUCAGACCUGGUUCUGGAAGCAGCCUUGUACUUGCAACAUCAUUGGGAUCGAACGUAUUACUCUCUCAGUAUUUGUUGUCUAAGGGUGUACUGCAAGCAUGGCAGUAUGAAAUUGUUGCUAUUAUGGCUCUGUUAAGCUUCUUCGUAAUCGCUAUCUUGGCUUAUAUAACCUUUAUGCCAAAGAGCUUCACGAUUGCAGAAGUUGUGCUUAUCAGUCAAGGUUCCAGCAUGUUCAUUUUUGACGUAUUCAUUUCGGCUAUGAGAAUGGUUUAUGAAAACGAAUUCUUCCUGAACUGCAUCAAGAGUGAAAGGCAUGAACUAACAGUAGUCUUUCAGAUGCUUAUCUUGUGGGUAGUCGGUAUUGGAGUAGUUUUAAGUCCGAUCUUAAUGGGAUUAACCAGCCGUUCACCAGCAUCGAUAAUGAACAAUAAUUAUUGGUCGGCAGCUUUUUACAUUGGUUUGACAGUUUUUACCUUUGGAUUAUAUUUACCAGUUUUUACGAUGCUGCUCCGGAGUAAUCCAAUAAUGUGGCUCUUAGACUUUAUCACCCUAAAUAGUGCAAGGAUUGCUCUCAUCUGUUACUGGAUUUUUCUGGUAUUGAUUGCCUUGUAUAUCGUAAUCUGGAGAAAUUUAUAUGGAAGCAGUAGCAAGAUUCCAGCGAUUUUAAUCCGAAAGUAUUUUCAUGUGCUAGUUAUCUUAAUAUACUUUCCUGGAAUAUAUUUUGAUUACCGCGCAACUUAUUUAGCAUCAAGUGUUGCCCUAGCAUUAUUUUUAUUAGCUGAGUUCCUUCGUAUUUUUCAUAUUCGCCCAUUCGGACCAUGGAUUCACGACCAUUUACAAAUAUUUAUUGAUACUAGAGAUUCUGGAAUAGUAAUAUUGACUCAUAUCUAUUUACUGGUUGGCUGUGCUCUCCCUUUAUGGCUAUGCCAAUCAACUUCUGUACUAAAUGUUACGGAUAAUGUAGCAUUAAUGUACGCAGGCGUAAUGUCAUUAGGAAUUGGAGAUACCUUUGCUUCUCUUGUCGGUAUAACAAUUGGAAAGCGUCGAUGGCCAGGAAAUAACCGAACCUUAGAAGGUACUGCUGGAUCCGUACUUUCUAUGUUAUUGUUAUAUUAUUUAUUAUGGCAUAUUGGCGGUGAAAAAUUUAUCAAAUUUGGUGGAAAUUGGCAGACAAUUAUUCUAGCUUUCAUUAUAACUUCACUUACUGAAGCAUUGACGACACAAAUUGAUAAUCUUAUCUUACCGUUGGUUCUCUAUAUUCAUUGCACAAGCAAAUGCUUACCUUAA